GCAGUAGGCGACCGCCACCGCCAGCAGAUACGAGACGAUCUUGACCGUCGGCGAUUUGUUGUUGUAGGCCAGACCGACCCCCGAAACGGUCUGUGCCAGGGCGCAUACCAUGAGUACCCGUCCCAGGACGCGAUGGAACUUCUUAUGYUUUCGGCGGAUCGACGGUACAAGCUGCAGGAAAUAUAGGUUCCACCAGAUCAGGCUCCCGGCUACGUGCGGGAGGAACCAACCRUAUCGCGUGGUAAAGUAGGACAUGAUGGUGGAACGGAUGCCGGUCUUGAUCACAACGGGCGCCUCGUCCGAAGCGAGAAUCUUGUGCAUUCUGUCGAUGUUGUACUGGCGGUCCCAGAACUUGUGUAUGAUCAACCGAGAGAGGGCGUUCCCCCAUGCAAAGAGAAAGAGGAGUACUUGCCCGUACACCGCCACCCUGGUGCGGGUGUCCCACGGCUUUUCUUUCGGUGUGUCUGGGGAGAUCUUGAUUUUGCUGCUGUUUCCACACAUUUUGGAACGCUGGGUCUUGUUUGGUCUGCUGUGCUGUGCUGUGCUGCGCUGCGCGGCUUGAUUUGGUUUGAUCUGCUUUGGGUUGGGUUGGGUUAGGUUAGGUUUGUCGGGUUAGACCGGCGGGCGAGUCGUCGUGAAAGUAGACGCUAAAUGGUGGUUUAUUUUGCUGUUGUCGUUUCUUCUCCUUCGAAAUAAUAAUGGACAUCACUAUGCAUCAACGCCGAGAGGAGCUUUCUGGAAGUUCUGUUUCAGUAUUCCAAAAUGCGAGUACGUUCGUUACUGKGAAGUGCAAUUAGACCACGGUACGUACCGUAUUUCAUGUGGUCAAAUAACGAACUGUACGUGGUGUUACGUAGUUACUAGUACGGUGCAUCGGUGAUGUUACGGUCCCGUCGCAAUACAGUAAUUGGUUUGAUCUCGCCGCGCUUUCCAAGAAUGCUCUCGAACUCCCAGAAACACAAAAUCUUCGUAUUAGUCGUGCCACACUUAAACUUAAUUUGGUUUUUAGUACGAAGGAUGUACUGUACAGUACAUUGAUGGCGCCAGAUCUGGUUCGUAUCGUACACACUCGUUAGCACUUGUACUUAUUCCURCAGAAACUAAGGAGUAAGUAUUGUAUUUCUACGAGAAGUAUCGUACGGUACGUACUGUAGAAGCAAGUUGUUCCUMACGGAUUUUUCGACUUUUGCGUAUCCGAAAUCAAGACCAUUUGAGACCAUUUCGACGCCGGUUGCAAGAUUCCUUUCAYCAGUCGUUCGCAAAGGAACAUCAGAGCGUUGUUCUGGAUGGGACGGUAGAGGAGCGAAGAAAUGUGUCACAGCAUGCGACAAACCUCCGUCCGGUCGCACACGGAAGCCAUGCUGUGUGGGCAGUAGAGAAAUCCUCGCCGCUGUCAAUGCCAAUUGUCUUUUUUGGUUCACGACGCGCCUGCCGACGCAUCCGGGCGUUAGUUGGAGAGAUGCAGCGUCCUAUGAACCCCGAAAUCGAUCCCGAUGGGAAUGAAGUGGACAAAUAAGGAUUCUAGUCGCAGUCUACCGCGUCGUGUCGGUGGAAAGGAUUCGGUGCCCUAGGGUCGAAUCCAUGGUAGUUGCUGUCCAAGAAGGGAGUAAAUCUUGUUCAUUGCAUAGCAUGGUAUCKUGUACGCCCUGUAAGCUGUAGAAUUACAAUGCAAAAGCGCUAGCCACAUGACCAAUCCAUACAAGAUACUAUAGUCGAAUCCGCUCUCCGACACGUUGUAGUAGUUAGUUUAGAAAGUUUAGAAUGUGUGUACGAGUUCCCUCCAAUCCGUUAGUACAGUAAAUUACUUGUCUUCCA